AUGCCGACUGCCGAAGAACUGCAACAGCAACUCGAAAAACAGCAAGAAGCCAUCCGGAAGCUAGAGCACACUCCAGCCGGUCACAGACCCGCCUACACCGACUCACAGGAGAAGCAGCUACGAAAGCUGAUAAACGAGAUGGAGCUAGGGGACCGACAACCAUCCCAGUUAUUCCGCGAAAUGAAGGCACUCGCGGGGCAGCAGAUGAAUAGCGAAGUCGUAAAAACGCUCUGGCUACAGCGACUUCCACCACAUGUCCAACUCGUGCUGUCUGCGAGCGAGGGAGUAUCGCUGGAAAAGAUGGCAGAAAUCGCGGACAAAUUGGCGGAAAUACACAGAAGCAACGCUAUGGCUUCCAGUAUCAACGCGAUAGGCGCCACCAGCGACACGACGCGGCAGAACACCAUCGUACCAACGCAGGAAACUAACCUCAUUACGGUAAUUGCAGACCUCCAGAAACAGAUGGCGGCCUUAUCGGUAGCCGUAACUCAUCUAACCAACACGAGAGGGCGCAGUCCACAAGCACGGCAAAAUGACCGUCGAAAUCGGUCAAGGACACACAGCAGGCAACGCACGGAUCAAAAUGGCGUUUGUUAUUACCACGCCAAGUUCGGUGUAAACGCCCGAAAGUGUUUCAAACCUUGCACGUUUGUACAGCCGGAAAACUAG